CCUGCGCUUCCUUAUCUGCGAUUUUGUUAUUAUUCAUUGAAUUUCUUUGUUUGUGAAAUUAUUUGAAUAAAAAAGUCAAAGUAUUUUUGGUAGAUUCUGUUUGAUCUGUUAUGGGGUCUCAUUUUCGCCGGGUUUUUGUGGCAAUUUGGGUUUUCACUGGUGGCAUUGGAGCUCCUGGACCGGAAAGUUUUCGUUUUAUGUAAUGUUUCUGUUUGUUGUGUAGCCGUAAUUGACCACGAAUUUGAUGGAUUAUGGCUAGUUUACCUCUUAUAUCUGUUUAUUAUGGACCAAUUAAAUCAGAAGGUUGAGGCAAAUUUUGUUGGUUUGCGUUUCUGUAUUUAAUGGCUUUCUGUGGCGUUUGUUUGUUCAUUUAGUUUACGUAAUGGUAUCUAAGGAUUUGGGGGUAAUCAUGCAAAUGAAUCCCCAAAAGAUGCACCUGUUUUUCAAUCUUUUGGAUUCUAAUUUUUCUUUUUUCCCAAAAAUAAAAAAACAGAACUUGGCAUGGACAUUCACAGUGAGCUGCUGAGUGCUGAUGUUGUUAGUAAUUGUUGUUGUUGAAAGCAUGGGUUGGCCUGCUGCUGCUUACAUUUUUUUUAUCGGUAAACCUAAUUUUAUUGAUCAUAAGAAUAGGCAAAAUCCCAAGUAUAUGGGACAUAUACAAGACCAUCACCUAUGCAUGCUAGUUUAGUGUUACAAGAAAUUCAUGAAAGUUCAUUCCAUUAAAACCAGUUACAACUGACCAAUGGAAUAAAGUAUUGAAAAAUAAAUUUCUAAGCUCAUCCAUUGAUUGUUCUUGAUCUUCAAUUACAAGGGGUUUGGCUGCAUAUAAGUUUUAGUUUCAUGCCUGAUGCCCCAGUGUGUUGUUACAAGGGAUUUGGCUGCGAAUGGCUGUAAGCCUGUAAUUGUCAUUUUGUUGCAACACAACCGUUCUUCUGAGUGAGCACAAGUGUGUAUAGGUCGGCCAACUGUUUGUAUGCAUUUCUUAUAGCAUAUACUUUGUGAGUUGCUGAGAAGACAGAAUGAGAAAAGGAAUAUUCAAUAGUUGUAGCAUUCAGGCCACGAAUGAAGUAAGAUGCUACUGUUGUACAUUAAUGCUUUGUUUGUUGCCAACAGGACAGGGUAAAAGGAAAAAGAGUUUAAGUUCUUACUGAAGUCCAUUGAAUGAAGGAUGUAACUGAUGUUUAUUUUCCUUUAUUAAUUUACGUGCAGACGAAAGGGUCAGAUUGUUUUUAUUUGUCAAACCAUGUUGAUUCAUUGUACUCAUUAGCAGUUUCACCAUGCAUAUAGUCUUAGUAUUAUCAAUCGUACUUGGCAUUUGUCGUAUCAAUUAUGUGCUUGCUUCGUUGUUGAGGAGAUAGAGGAAAAGUAAAAAAGACAUAUAGACAGGUUGAUGUUUUCUUUUUUCUCAUUCAUGUUACAAAACAAGCAGAGAUUUGGAUUCCUUUGGCAAAUGUCAGAAUGGGAUACUGAAUCUAUCAAUCUAUUGUUUGCACUUAGCAGCUUCUCUAUUGGUGUUUGUCACAUUGCAUUUAUAAUUUGUUGUCACCAAGAUGGAGAAAAAACACAGAUUUUUUGGAUUCUUAUCAUUAUAAUGAGUGUUUAAAUAAUUGUUUAGAGGCCUUUAUUGUAUUUACCUCUGCUUUUUUCUCCCUACAAGAAGACAGAAGUAAAGAAAAAAAGGUUUUGAAUUUGUAUAAAAAUCCAGGUUUUAAAUAAACUUUAAGGUUCCGUUAUUUUUCUCUCUCUCCUCACACUCACACAUUAAGGAUUGAAUCCUCAGAUCUCAUGUAGAUUCAUGCCCAAGAUCAAGAUUGUUAGUUCCAACUAAACAAAAUGAAAGUUUAUCAGAAAACUGAACAAUAUGGUAGACGUUCCAAAAAUCUGCUAAAUGAAAUUAUAUUUUUAAUAAUGCUAAUCUGUUAUCUGAAAGGAUGUCAUUUGAUUUGGGCAUUUGGACAUAGAAUAGUGAAGAUUAUUUUUGUGUUAUAGAAUCUAACAUCAUUCUUUUUUCUUUUUUCUUUUUGUUGUCUUUCUUUUGUCCCAUGUGCUCUUUGAUAGCUUGCUUGAUUUUCAGUUUAAUGUCACUUUUAUGCUUUAUUAUCACUUUCAUCGAACCUGGUUGACUGGUUAAACACAAAUACAUCGUAAAUCAACUUUGUUUUUCCAGGUAUGGAGCAUUUUGAGGUCCAGAAAAGAUCAUGGUGCAGUGCGUAGAUGGAUUAAAGCAUUUCUGUGUUGCUGUCAUAAAUUGUUGUGAUACUGAUUCAUAUAACCAACCCAACGGUUUUCAAGAUCCUGAAGCUCUUGCAAGAGAGACAGCGUUUAGUGUAAGUGAGAUAGAAGCGCUUUAUGAACUGUUUAAGAAGAUCAGUAGUGCCGUAAUUGACGACGGUCUAAUCAAUAAGGAAGAAUUUCAACUAGCAUUGUUCAAGACAAAGAAAAAGGAGAGCUUAUAUGCUGACCGGGUAUUUGACUUGUUUGAUACAAAGCACAAGGGGAUACUAGACUUUGAAGAGUUUGCACGCGCUCUCUCCGUCUUUCACCCCAAUGCACCAAUUGAGGAUAAGAUUGAGUUUUCAUUCCGAUUAUAUGACCUCAGACAGCAAGGGUUCAUUGAGAGACAAGAGGUGAAGCAAAUGGUAGUGGCCACACUUGCUGAAUCCGGUAUGAAUAUUUCAGAUGAUGUUAUAGAAAUUAUCAUUGAUAAGACCUUCGAGGAAGCUGAUACUAAACAUGAUGGAAAGAUAGAUAAGGAAGAGUGGCGACGCCUUGUUGUGCGACAUCCUUCCCUUUUGAAGAAUAUGACUCUUCAAUAUCUCAAAGACAUCACCACGACGUUCCCAAGUUUUAUUUUUCAUUCACAAGUUGAUGAUACCUAAAUUUCAAGCCUACAUGGAGUUGAUAGUCUUCUGGAAGAGCUUGUUUUAUUUUGAUAGUCUUCUGGAAGAGCUUGUUUUAUUUUACUGUCAAUGUCAAUGUGGCUAUCUUUGCACAGGUUCAUAAUCAAAGGGAUGUUGAUCAUUUAUUAAUGUUCUCAAUGAAAAGAAGUUUGUCUCCCUUUUCAAAUAUAACCUUUUGGCUUGAAUAAAUGGGUUUCAGUCA